AUGAAAAUCUUCGGCUUUCUCUACCUUUUGUUAUUAUUUGCAACCGUCAACUGUUGCACAACGCGUACCGCUAAAGCAAAGAUUAAGAAUAGAUCUGGUCACAAAAUUCUGUCUGCAACACUUAAGCACCGAUACAGUGAUGCUUUCGAUGAGUCCAAGGAGUUUGGAGUUAUUGAAGAUGGUCAAGACAGUACAGAUUAUUUAUCGGUUCGAUAUCAUACUGGUGUUGGAUGUAACGGUUAUGAUUGGUGGCUUAUAACCUGGAUUACAGAUGAUGGCACUGCAUACAGUAGUGAUCCCGACAAUGGUCAAUGUUGGCUUUCGAUUCUAGCAAACGCGGCAUCAGACCUUCUGGGUGCAUUUUCUUCAAUAGCUGGAGCACUAACAAAAGACCUUGUCUCUGCUGCUUUACAACUAUUAUCAACAAUUACGGAGUAUACUGUGAAUGGAAGCGACUUUUGUGGAUUUAAAUCCUACACACUGACAGGCGAUGAUGACGACUCAGAAGUGAAUAUUAUCUUACGGCCUUCUGCAAGUAACGGAGUUAAAUGGGAGUCACCCUCUGGAUCGGCAACAACGGAUUAUAAAAUAUUAGACAUCUAUCCAGGUUUCGCCGUGAAACCAAACGUGGAUCUAAGUGGAAAUGAUAUUGGUGACUUAGUAAACAGUCCUACAUCGUCUAGUGCUUCAGCCUGUUGUAACCUGUGCUUUAUGAAUAGUAAAUGCCAGUCAUACACAUGGCAGUCAAUCAAUCAUAAGUGCUAUUUAAAAACAUACAAUAGUGGUAGUGGAAUAGCAAGUAGCACUGCCCAAUCUGGAAUUCUUCCUUUAGCUGGUGCUGCGUAUUUUGCUGUGCAAAAUGAUUGGAAUUUCGCUGGAAACGAUCUGAAUAGCUCAGUUGCCUCCAGCUAUGCAGAUUGUGCUAUGAGAUGUGCUAAGAAUUCUGCUUGCAACGUUUUCACAAUGUUCAAAAGCAAUGGUCUUUGUUUGCUAAAAUCCAGCACUGGUCGUGGUGGAGCGUAUAAGUCCGAUAUAAUAUCUGGAUAUGAAGGAGACUAUACUGGAAAAUUUAUUAGACAGUCAGGAGCUGAUUUACGUGGAAAUGAUCUUGGUGAUACAUUAAGUCCACCUGUGUCUCGUCUUAUCAGAACCAACGGUCAUAAUGAGCACGGCAAGUAUCAUAACUUUGAAUACUGUCCUCCAGGCUCAUGGGCUUAUGGUUUUCAACAACGUGUAGAAAAGGAUCAAGGAAAUAAUGAUGAUGAUACAGCUUUAAACGCGAUUCGUUUAUACUGUAGAUCGAAAGAUGGCAAGUACACUGGCAGCAUAAGUUCAUAUGACGGCGACUGGGGUGAUUGGAGUAACAAUGUCUAUUGUAGUGGAGACAAUGAAUUUAUGGUGUCUGCUCACCUGAAAACUGAGGACUACAGCUUUGCUGAUUGUACAGGAGUAAAUAGCUUUAAAUCUCGAUGUCGCGACGUUACGACAAACACCAUUUCCGCUAAUUACCUUGAAGCUGACAAUGGGGCACAGUGGGGUGAUUGGAAGGGUGAAGUCAUUUGUCCACAAGGAACAGCCAUUUGUGCUAUCAGUUCUAAAUAUUAUAGGGCCAGCGGCAUCGAUGCUGAUGACCAAGGAAUGACCGACGCAGAAUUCAUAUGUUGCGCAUUGGAUUUAGAAAGGACCGAUCAAACUUCAGAGCUCCAACCGGCUGUCGGUCCAUUUGGCGAUUUUCGUACCUAUGCAUACUGUCCUGAAGGUACAUGGGCUUAUGGUUUUCAACAACGUGUUGAACCCGACCAAGGAGUGGACCAUGAUGAUACAUCAUUAAAUGCAAUUCGUUUAUAUUGCAGAAAAACAGAUGGUACAGGCAUCAAGAGCAUAAGUUCAUAUGAUGGAGAAUGGGGCGAUUGGAGCAAUAGUGUGUACUGUUCUGAUCCUAGUACUCCAUUCAUGUUUUCUGCGGCCUUUAAAAUUGAAGAUGAUCAAGGAACUGCUGAUGAUGAUACAACAGCAAAUGGUUUCAAGACACGAUGCUGGAAUGGGAAGGCAGGCAGCUAUAGCAACGUGUAUGUUGAAGGGAGAAGUAGCGGACCGUGGGGCAAAUGGAAGGAUGAAGCUGCGUGCCCCGAAGGGUCAGCGAUUUGUGGUAUCAGUUCCAAAUAUGAAAAAUCUCAAGACUCAGGCGAUGAUACAGCGAUGAACGGCGCAUUCUUCAAAUGCUGUUCAUUACCUUCAGAAAGAGCUGAUCAAACUUUCGAACUCCGACCGACUAUCGGUCCAUUUGGUGAUUUUCGUACAUAUGAAUACUGCCCUGAAGGUACAUGGGUUUAUGGUUUUCAACAACGUGUUGAAUCCGACCAAGGAGCUGGAUCUGAUGAUACAGCAUUAAAUGCGAUUCGUUUAUAUUGUAGGAAAAAAGAUGGUACAGGGAUUGAAAGCAUAAGUUCAUAUGAUGGAGCAUGGGGCAAUUGGAGUGAUAGUGUCUCCUGUACCGAUCCGAGUGCUCCAUUCAUGUUUUCUGCGACCUUUAAAAUUGAAGAUGAUCAAGGAACUGCUGAUGAUGAUACAUCAGCAAAUGGUUUCAAGUCACGAUGCUGGAAUGGUAAGCCCGGCAGCUACAGCAACGUGUAUGUCGAAGGGAAAAAUAGUGGACCGUGGGGGGAUUGGAAGAGUGAAGCCGCGUGUCCAGAAGGAUCAGCUAUUUGUGGUAUCACUUCCAAAUAUGAAGAAUAUCAAGACUCAGAUGAUGAUACAGCCAUGAACGGCGCAUUCUUCAAGUGUUGUUCAUUAAAUUCAGCAAGGAGUGAUGAAACUUCCGAACUCCGACCAACGGUUGGUCCGUUUGGCACUUUCCAUGCAUAUUUAUACUGUUCUGAAAGUACAUGGGCUUAUGGUUUUCAACAACGGGUUCAACCACCACAAGGCUCUGAUGAUGAUACAGCCUUAAAUGCGAUCCGGUUGUAUUGUAGAAAGAAAGAUGGUACAGGUAUUGAGAGUAUAAGUUCACAUGAUGGAGAAUGGGGCGAUUGGGGUGAAGGUGUCUACUGUUCCGAUCCAACUGCUCUGUUCAUGUUUUCUGCGACCUUUAAAAUUGAAGAUGAUCAAGGAAUAUCUGUUGAUGAUACGUCAGCGAAUGGUUUCAAAUCUCGAUGCUGGAAUGGCAAGCCGGGCAACUCGAGCAACGUUUACCUUGAAGGGAAAAGUACUGGACCAUCGGGCGAUUGGAAGACUGAAACUGCUUGUCCAGAAGGAUCAGCUAUUUGUGGUAUCAGUUCAAAAUUUGAACAAUCGCAACAGUCAGGUGACGAUACAGCAAUGAACGGUGCAUUCUUCAAGUGUUGUUCAUUAAAUUCAGGAAGGAGCGAUGAAACUUCUGAACUCCGACCAACGGUCGGUUCAUUUGGCGAUUUUCAUCAAUAUAUAUACUGUCCUGAAGGUACAUGGGCUUAUAGUUUUGCACAACGUGUCGAACCGGAUCAAGGAGUUGGGCAUGAUGAUACAGCACUAAAUGCGAUUCGCCUAUAUUGUAGAAAAAAAGAUGGUUCUGGCAUUGAGAGUGUAAGUUCAUAUGAUGGAGCAUGGGGCAAUUGGACUGAUGGUGUCUCCUGUACGGACCCAAGUGCUCCAUUCCUGUUUUCUGCGACCUUUAAUGUUCAAGAUUAUCAAGGAAUACUUGGUGAUGAUACAUCAGCAAAUGGUUUCAAAUCUCGAUGCUGGAAUGGCAAGCCGGGCAACUCCAGCAGCGUUUAUCUUGAAGGGAAAGGUACUGGAUCGUUGGGCGAUUGGAAGAGUGAAGCUGUUUGUCUAGAAGGAUCAGCUAUUUGUGGUAUCAGUUCCAAAUUUGAAGAACCUGAAGAGUUAGGUGAUAAUACAGCCAUGAACGGCGCAUUCUUCAAGUGUUGUUCAUUGAAUUCAGCAAGGAGCGAUGAAAGUGCUGAACUCCGACCGACUGUCGGUUCAUUCGGCCUUUUUUAUAGAUAUGUGUACUGUUCUGAAGGGGCAUGGGCUUGUGGGUUUCAACAAGCGGUUGAAUCCGACCAAGGANAAAAUUUAAUGUAG